GAACUCCGCCCUAAAGAAACUUGCACUGGACUUCAUCAUUGAAAUAUCGAUUCAGACUUGAACUGAAUAUUAGUUUGGUUUCUGUUGUAAGACGGAGUCAGAGUCAGCGCGCUGAAUGAACAUGUCAGGCUCUGGAGACUCCAGCCAGCCUCCACAGACACCUGUAGGGGGAGGCAGAGGGUUACCUAUGGGUCGCAGGCUGCCUGCUUCAAUCUCUCCAGGACGCCUUCCCACGAUGCGCUCCAGAGACCUCACUUUAGGGGGUGUGAAAAAGAAAACCUUCACCCCCAAUAUUAUUGGUCGAAAAUCUAAAGAAGAAUUGAAAACUGAUGAGAGACAGAGACUAGAUAAGAAAGAUGCAGAUCGAGGCAGACAGCGGAAUGGACGGGGAAGAGGCCGGGGUCGUCCUGAGGUCAUCCAAUCACAUUCCAUUUUUGAGCAGGGUCCAGCAGAGAUGAUGGCCAAGAGAAAAGGUAUAUACAAUGAUACCAGAGAAACACCAAACAGUGGCCCAUCCCCCAUUAUCAACAUCAAAAAGGAGCGCGAGACAGAAGAGGAGACUAAAGAAAUUCUGCGCAAACUUGAGAGUGAUAAGUUUCUAGAUGACCCUCACCUUAGAGGUGAAAGAGGGAGCUGUCCUGUGCAGCUGCCACUGGCUGUUUCCGGCUGGGUCUUCAAAGAAGAGUUUAGUGAAGAGACUCAGGACAUUGACAUCAGAUCUGAGAAGAGCUCUUCAGAUACUGAACCAAUGAACACUGACAGCACUGGAGCCGAAGUGAAGGUCAAGCUGGAGCCUUUGGAAGUUCCCAAACAAAAGAAGGUGGAGCCUACAUUCAGACUGCCACCCUUGCCUGAGCCUGAUCUGCUGCCUGAUUUAUUUGAGGUGUGGAAUCACUGUAAAGAGGAGGAGCUUCUCUUCAUACAGCUGCCGGAUUCUCUGCCAGGGCAACCACCCACCAGUGAUGUACGGCCCAUCAAAACAGAGGUGCAGUCGAGUGAUGGACAGGCCAUGUUGCAGAAGACUGAGACAAAGGAGGACUCGCAAGAAGAAAACAGUUGUUGUCUUAAGGAUCUGCAGGAGGGUUUGGUGGGGAAGAUGCUGUUAAGGAAGUCUGGCAAAGUACAGCUUAUUCUGGGUAACAUAACCCUGGAUGUGGCCCUGGGAACCCCCUGCGCCUUCCUCCAGGAAUUGGUAUCUGUAAACACAGAGGGCAGAAGGGGAGAUAUGUCUGUACUAGGCCACAUUAAACACAAGUUGGUGUGUUCACCUGAUUUUCAGGCUCUUUUAGAAAACCGAGCUUGAGGAGCCGCAGCUGGAACUGCCAGUAUUUCACUUAAAUACUCUCUACGUCUUCUGAACAAUGUAGAUCCAUUUGUGAGACAAUGUCAUAAACUGUCACGAAUGGAAAACUGAGUGAAUGAUUGAAAAAUAUUUAUAUAUUUUUAAGGAAGUUUAUUUGAAGAAUUUGAUGUCACAUUCACGUAGGCUGUAUAUGAGACACUAUUACACUUGUAAAUAUUAAGGGUUAGGAUAAAAAUUUGUAAAAAUCCUGUUUUAAGUGUGAAACAUUGUUAAUAAAAA